CUUCAUUUUAUUGAUCAAUACAGUCCGGACGCAUCCUCGUGAAUAAAGGAAGUACAAUUCAUUUGUAACCGCGACAAAAAGGAAUAGCUAUCGUACAGUACUUUAAAAUAUUGGAUCUAAACAUUUGAAAAAAAAACAACAACAAAAAAGUUGUGAAAUUAUGAAACCGAGACAAAGUUUUAAAAGUGUCAUAUUGUGUUCACUAAUUUGUUUGGUUCUUACAGUGAUAUAUUUACAAAUGCUGCAGUCAAAUAAUAAAAGUUUAAAUAAUACGCUGCGACUUUACAUAGCUGGAAAGAAUGUUACCACCGGAUUCGAAUGCACUGGUGCUUUAUUUCAGGAAAAGUGCAACAACGCCGGAACUUCGCAUAAGUUGGACAAGAAAGUACAAAAACUGCAUGUUUAUGCUGAAACUGCGAAGAAUCUUACAGUGGAAAAAAGUUGUCCGGGAAUUUCAUUUCGAGAACAGAAUAACACAGACGGCUCUUGGCAUCAGGUGGAUAAAGAAAACAAAAUAUAUGUAGUUUCUGCGUACUAUAUCAAAACUGAAAAAAAGGUUUUCAUCAUUGGAGCGAAGCCUAUGUACGAUGUAUCAGUUAUUUGUCAAAUAUGGUCGAAAGGAAAUGGCAAUGAAAGUGUUAUCAUGUGGGAAACAAUUGCCAAACUCGGAUCCCCGAACGAUCCUGCGGGUCCGCUACCCUACACAGCGGCAAUAUUCCACUGUCCUGUUAAUUCUUCAUAUACACCUACCCAUGUAUCACUUGUUACACGAUCGUGUGAAGAGGCGAGGAAUAUUCUGCACGUGCGUAUCAUAUCGGAGCUUGUUCCAUAUCAAAGAAGAUUCACGGUGUGUUUGGCACCAAUUUAUAGCUUCGGCGCUGCAUAUCAGUUAGUCGAGUGGAUUGAGCUGAAUAAAAUUCUCGGUGCUGAAAAGUUUGUGCUGUACAUUUAUUCAACGGCUGUAAAUGUUGACCAGAUUAUUGACUAUUACUCAAAACGAGGCUUAGCGGAAGUGAUACCGUGGCGCCUACCAUUUCCUGUUACGCAUCAUAUACACUACUUUGGUCAGACAGUUGCACUAAACGACUGUUUAUUUAGGAAUAAACAGGUUUCCGAAUAUAUCGUAAAUAUUGACAAGGAUGAAUAUAUUAUUCCACAUUCUGAAGACGCUUUUAAUUGGUCUCAAAUAAUAGAUAAAAUAAAUAAACCUGCUGACGGAUAUAUGUUUAGGAAUACAUUCUUUAGGAAAGAGUGGAUCAGUGAAAGCAUGAAGUUAAAAAGAAGACCGGAAGUCGAGAAGCUCCGCUUAAUUACAUUGAAGCAUCUUGAACGAGAAAAUAAGAUCGCACAAAACACUGACCGUACUAAGCAUAUUACACGAACGUCUAAUGUAUACUAUGUGUGGAUACAUACUAUUCCUGGUGCCAAGACAUUGGUGGUGCCAACUACUGAAGGUUUAUUACAUCAUUAUAGAAACUGGGAACAGUAUACCGACAAACAAAAACGAGUUGUUGAUCUAACCAUCCCGAAAAAAUACGAGGAUGUUCUUAUAAACAAUGUUCAGAAUGUAUGGAAAGAACUUGCAAAGUACGAUGUGAAAAUGGAUCUUUCUGACUUCUGAAUAUAUAUUUGACAAGCUGUUGUACGAAUUACAUUCGAGUUAAAGUCGGAUGGACAUACGAUUGAGGCAGUGUCUUAUUUCGUAUUACUAAAAUACAAACAGAAAGUUGAUUGUAAAACAAAAGUUCACAUGCUUCCGUUGUGAAACACUUUGGGGUUUUUUCUGUCCCGUGCUUUAAGAACUGCCUUGAGCACAGGUAUUUGACUUGAUGAAACUUAAACAUCUUUUUGGAGAAUACUUUUCCGCGUUUCUAUAAUGAAACGACACAGAUAAGUGUACAAUGUCAUCUACUGUCAUAUUGGUAAGCUCUUGAAUCUUAUGGCCGUUCUUAUGGCGGGUAUCCAUCCAGUCCAUCCAGGAUUCAAAUACUGUAUAGGCCCACUUUGUAUUUCUUAUCGUAUCUUUUAAACUUUUAUUCAUUAAUUUAAAGCGUAAUCAUCUAUACUGGUUGUACCUGUUGAUAAAGAAAACAAAAUA